AAAUGGGCUGUUAUUUCUCUAGACUUGCCUAGUGAAGUACUUUGCCAGCUGUGUUUUAACAUAGCAAAUGCUUUUUGUUAUGCGAACCACACACAACUAUUAAAGACGUCGCUAUUGAGGUUAGCAAGCUAGCCUGCUAAUUGAUCCACCACCGGUGGGUUUUGCUAAUUAGACUGACGUUAAUUAGCUGAAUAAUCAAGACUGUUGGUAGGGCACACGAUCGUUUUCUCUCGGAUAAUUAUGUAUGAUGGAUUUCUACAAUGAUUAUAUGCCCUCUACAUAAACGGCAUAUGUUACCAUAUUAACAAGCUAGAAUUUAGACGAUAUUUGUAGCAGUCAAGCUAAUUGACUCGCCAACGCAGCUAACGUUAGCAGAUAAGUGGACAGUGUUGGUAUUUGGUGUUGGAAUGUUCGUGGACAGUUACAUGAUAAAAGUCAACAUUCGUCUGUUAUCAUAUAUACUUUGUAUGAAGUUGUGAUUGUGUUAUGUCAAUAGCAUUGGUCAAUUAUGCUGUUUAUUAUACGUGCCCUAAAUUACAGUGCAGUCGACGACUUAUUUAUUUAUUAUUGUAAAUCGUCAACACUGCAAUGAGAUUUCUCGUGGGGGGUUGCAACGUGUUGGCCAUUUUUUUCCCCUUUCUUUGACAAGAAGCAUGCAUUUCUAUAUUUAAAGAUCAGCAUUAUCUAUUGCAUGAUCCAACUGAAGUCAGCACACUUUGAAAAAAAUCCUUCAAGGAGGAGGCAGGUGAGACUGUAAGCAGUGACAGUAACGGGGUGUCAAUGUGGUUGUGUCCACUUUGUCAGCAAGGGCAGCCCGACAGAGACAGACUUUCUCUCCAUCUGACAGGCAAACACAGUGUACUUCCUGCCUGCCUGGACAAAUUACUGGAUAUUGCUGUCCAGACGCAUUCCUCGGGUGAGGAUGCUAAAGCCACAGUCCAGACAGGAGCUGCAGAUGCCUGUUUGGAACCCACCCUGGAUGAAGAGUAUUCCAAAAAAAUUGCUGACGGUUCUCAAAUGAGCGCAGGAGACAAAGACGCUGCCACCCUGGAAAAGGACAUGGAUGAUGAAGUGGAGGGGAUGCAAGACCCAGAGGCAGACGUGGGUGGUUUGGAGUCGGAUCAGGAGAGUGCUGCUCAGUCCUCAAAAGUCUCUGGAGGUGCUGUCAGCAACGACAAGUCCACGGGUAAAAACGAAGCUGGAACUGAAAGCAACAGCAACCGUCCAUUCAAGUGCAACGCAUGUUUGGAGUCGUUUGCCACUAAAACAGCACUUAGUGUACAUUACAACUCCACCACCCACAUUCAGAGGAUGAGAACUGGGUCUUCUAAGCAGGCUGGGGAAAAUGAUGCUUCAGGACCAUAUCCCUCCCGCCCUUACGUCUCCAACAAGCCCUACCAGUGUGCUGUGUGUCGAGUCUCAUACAAUCACGCCAUCACGCUUGAGAGUCAUUUGAAAUCUGUGUUGCACCAAACGCGAAGCAGAAAUGCUAACAAUUCAGCCAACAAGACUGCUAGCAGUUCAAGCAGCAGCAGCAGCAACAACAGCAGCAGCAGCAUAGUGCCCAAUUUAGUUGUUGCCACCACGGGCAAUGCCACACAGUUAGUAAACACUACCACCAGCAAUUGCAUCACCCAGCCCAGCCUGACUGCAUCUGCAGCCACAACCAAAGAUGGAGAGCAAAUUCAGCCAGCACCUUCGCUCCUCACCUCUCCCGUGGCCUCGGCUCAGGCAGUCUCUGCCUUCCUCACUCUCCUGACCUCCAGUCCCAACUCCAUCCCGCAUUCCAUCCUCCCCUCUCUGUUUGCCACCGGAGCGGGCGCCACACCCGGGACGGCGGCAGGCCCCCAGCUCGUCCCCCAGGCACAGGUGCUUAUGCCGCUGAUUCUGAAUGGGCUGCAGACCCAGAACCCGCAGAGUCCAAGCCCCGAACUGUCCCAGUCUCUCCCUGUGCUGGGUCUCUCGGCCGCACAGCAAGCUCUUCUUGCCCAAAGACUCAGUGGUUUACAAAGUCAGUGGUCAUCUGUUGGACUUCAGGCCUCCGUACAGCCUGAUGCAGAGGAUUCAGAGGGAGCAGAGAAAACAAGUGGCUUACAAAGACCCUGUGAGCAGAUAAAAAUCGAGCCAAAAGAGGAGUCGUUGCCACUAAAGCUGGACAUUAAAUGUGAGGUUAAGUCAGAAAGGGUAGUGGAAAGUGAGGGUCUGAAAAAAGAGUGUAAAGAGGAGGAGCAGGGUAAAGUGAGCGCCACUGAACUGAGCAGCGCCUUAAAAACCGAGGACAACAGGGUCGAGGAUGGUGUGGAGCACAUGGAGAAAGGUCAGGAGAGUGACACUGAUGAAGAGAGCACAAUGGAACGGGAGAGUGCAGAGUCUGAUACAAAGAAGUUGCCUUGCACAAAUGUAACAAAUUCUCUGGCAGCUCCCAGCCAGUCUCUCCUUAGUGAUGGCACAUUGUCUGACCUUGAGCAGGCCCAGUGCUAUACUCCUAAACACAGACAGACAGUAAACAGCACUGGGAUCAAGUCACGCCCCUUAAAUGCCUCCCUUGCCUUAGGCCGGUCAGGCCUCGGUUGCUCCAAGUCUAGGCCUCCCUUUUCUCCAGGAGCCCCUGUGCUUUCUGAGUUCCAGUACCAGGUUUUGUUGGCCUUUCUGGAGUCUAGAAGCGAGGCAGAUGCUGCAAGCCCCCCACGAGAGGACUGUGAAGCACUUGGGAGGGAGGUCGGGCUCACAGAAGAGGAGGUCCGCAAAUGGUUAGAAGACGCCCAUCAAGCCAAAGAGAGGCAGAAAGCUGGAGAACUUAGGAGAACGGAUGGGAGAGAUUAUGACCAGGACGAUGAUGAAGAAAGCGCACUUACAAUUGAUGAGAGUCCAGUCAGGUCUGCAGCCCACGCCAUCGACUUGUCCAGUGGGGGAGACAGACGGAGGGAGAAGGAGCGGGAAAGUCAGGGUGACUCCUGCUUGACCUCUGAUUCUGAGAACGAGGAGGUUUACACCUCUGUCAUUGUGACAGACGAGGAAAGCCAGGCUAGCUCCAUGAGAGAGGAGCCAAGCAGUCCCGCUAAAGAAGCACCACAGAGAGAGCAAGUUGGGGAGAAGAGCUCAGGUGGGGGAAAGGUACUCCGGUCCACUACGGUUUUCCUUUCUGAUGCUGAAGAUGACGACGAGGAGGAAGAGGGUGGGAGCCACGUGGGGAAAAGGAAAAGGAGGAAAAGAGAUCCUGAUGGAGAGGACGUGGAGGCCAAGAGGGAUCGACUGGAUCCCGACCUGGAUCUGGAGUUGGAAGCUCAGGCUGAUCCCCCCACUCCCCUCUCGGUUUCCAUUGACCAGAGAGGCCUCCCCAGUAGUAUUCUCCAUUCGCUGCCUCUCUCCCUCUCUCUCGCCCCAUUCUCCACGCAGUUGUUCAGUCCAUAUGUUCUCUCGCUGCCCUCGUCCGUGGUCGGGGUUGGAGUGGCAGAGGGCGACGGUGGCAAGGUGGCGGCCUUUCCAAAUGCCCAGACCAUCGCUCACUGCUCAGCUGCAUUCUCAGAAGCUCUCAAUUCACAUUCUUUGUCCUCCCACUCACAGCAUGCUCAGUAUAUGUCUAAUGGCGGGGACUGUGAGACCGCAUUGGACCUCAGCAUGGGAAAGAACCAUAGCUCCACAAAGGCUUCCACAUCUGUCAGUGUGGCUGAUAAGACCGCGGCACAAAAAGGACGCUUGUUGGACGGACUCGGGCUCAGGCCGGCAGCGGUUGGGGUUCCAAGCGAAGGCGGUCUUAUUGUUCUCCAAGUGAAGCCAGACUCUGCUAUCGCUAUUCCGGCUGCCAACAACAGCAACUUCAUCAACCACAAUAACUUGGCGAAGACCAACACUGUGCUAAUGAGGGCUGCCCAGAGAGAGCCGACGUCCACAAUUGACCGAGAGAAAGACAAAGAAAGAGAGAAGGAGAAAGAGCAGAGGAGGCCCAAGGCGAGACGGUUCAAAGACAUGAGGAGAUCCAGAACCAUUAUUCAGGCGAACAGCUCGAUGUGCUUUACGGCUGUUACUUCAAAGACCCAAACCCAGGAAAGCACGAAUUUGAACAAAUCUCCGAGUGGGUACAUCUUCCAAAGAAAGUGGUACAGAUCUGGUUUCAGAACAUGCGAGCCAGAGAAAGGAAAGGGGAGGUGCGUUUCAUUAGCGAUGGCACUCUGGCAGCCGUGGGCAAGCCACUCAUUAAGUUCACAUGGCCCCUGACGCAGCCCAUCUUCUCGAGCUCCCCUAAAAAUAGCACCAACUCCAACUCCACUGCUGGAGCCACAUCUGUAAAUAUUCACCCUAAAGCAAUACCAGGUAAAGAGGAUAAGGUGUCUGUGAACCAGGGGGCUAACAGACCAA